UCUGCUCCUUCCUCUGCUCCAGACGGGAAGAAACACACCGCAGCAGAGAGCUUAUUGGAGUUCUUAUCGAUAUUCAAACACAUCUCAGGUUGUAGUUCCGCUGGCUGGCUCCGGUCACGUGGCCCGUCUCUCUCACAGGUAACCAUGAUGUCCACCGGAGAUGUCCAAGGAUGUCUUCGUAAACUGGAAACCCUCCUGAGGGCGAUAAAGUACCCGGGAUAUGUCGACUACAACGGCCUUUCCAAAGGAGAUCCCUCUGCUUUUCUGCCAAUUGUGAGCUUCACCCUCACCUCCUUCUCUCCACCUUUUGCUAAGCAGCUAUUGGAGGCUGGACUGGAGCUGACUGGCAAAACUGACCUCCGAUUCACUGACACUCUUUACAAGGUGCUGCGAGAUAUCUUUCACUAUAAACCCGUACUGACCAAGCAGCAGUUCCUCCAGUGGGGUUUCUCUCAAAGGAAAAUCUCUGUCAUCUGUGACAUCAUGAACUUGGUCCUGCAGAAACACAACCAGCUGAAGAAGCCGAGAGUCAGAUGUCCUGCCUCACAGAAGGAUGACCGAGGAGAAGCUCAUCCAACCCUGACUGAAGCAGACACUGUGCCCGAGAGGCCAUUUGUGAUGAAUCACAUAGAAAAUUCCUCCACUUUUCCCACAAACUUCUCCUCCCAUGAUGUAAACUGUACCUCUCAUAAUGAAGUGUACUCCUCCAAUUCUCCUGGAAAUGGGAUCACAGAGCUGGCAGGACGCGAGGAGGAGAAGGACAACAUUCCUUCCUCAUCAGAGGUGGAGGGAAGGCUCUCAGCACUGGAAGCUCAGCUAGGGAGUCUUCUGUCCGGGAUGGACAGGCUCAAUAUCCUGGAGAAACGCCUGGAGGAACUUGAAAAACAGAGAAUCACUGACAAGAGAGAUGGAGAAGUCAUCACAAUAUCCAGAGAGAGCUGGGAAAAUCUGAUGAGCAGAAUGCUGUUAUUGGAGACUAAACUAGAUCUGAGCAACAUACAGUUAAGUAUCCCGCUGCCAUGUCCGUCAUCUGACUCCUCCUCUUCUUGCACCUCCAUGUCGGAUGCUUCAAAGGAAGACCUCAAGGUCAGACUCGAGAGGAUCACCAACAUGUUGAAAAGCACCUCCAGUCUCCUGAAGAACAGAGAAUCUUCCACAACACUGCAAAUAUAAUAUGAGAAAUGAUCAUCAAUUUAGUUUGGGUUUAAUGAAAUGUAUCACAACAUUCUUGGUGGACUCUUUGAUUGCUUUGGCAUUGUCAAUGUUCCUUAUUUAACCUAAUUAUAACCAUUGUCUGCCUGUCAGCUUGCUUUGUAUUUUUCCUACCAAUAUAUCUGUACUUUAGACAAGAGAAACUCCUGUUGUAGCUUUUAACUCAAGUCUCAACUGAAAUGACUGAAUGAAUGUCAAUGAAUUAAGGCCUCGCCUGAUGAGGGCACAGUCAAUUAUUUUCUCAUUAUCGCAAAUAAAUGCACAAAUCUAAA